AGAGUUCGCAUUGAGAAACGGACAGCAGUAUUGGAAAUGGUGAAACUAUCACAAGUCACCCUCUCUAACCGCAUCUCUCCAUAACUACUGCCACGUGUCCCUCCUCCUCCUCCUCCUCCUUCUUCCUCCUCUUCAACAAUCCCAAUCGCAUUUCAUUCCCACAAACACACUGUAUAUGACAAUCGGAUGAUUUGUAGUUUGUGUUACUGAAAGAAGAAAUGGCUGGGAAUGAGUGGAUCAAUGGGUAUUUGGAAGCCAUAUUGGAUACCGGUGCGACCGCCAUUGAAGAACAGAAACCGGCUUCGGCGGCGGCUGCUGCCAAUUUGACAGACAGAGGACAUUUCAAUCCGACCAAAUACUUCGUAGAGGAAGUGGUUAGUGGUGUGGAUGAAUCGGACCUUCAUCGGACAUGGCUCAAAGUGGUUGCCACCCGCAACACUCGUGAACGGAGCUCUAGACUUGAGAAUAUGUGUUGGCGGAUUUGGCAUCUCACUCGCAAGAAAAAACAGUUGGAAUGGGAGGAGCUUCAACGGUCCACAAACCGGAGACUGGAGCGGGAACGAGGACGGAUGGAUGUGACGGAAGAUAUGUCGGAAGACUUAUCAGAAGGAGAAAAGGGGGAUGCCGUGAGCGAAAUAGUGCAAAACGAGACUCCGAAGGUAGAGUUCCAGAGGACUACUUCCAACUUGGAAGUUUGGUCUGAAGAUAAAAAGGAAAGGAAACUUUAUAUUAUUCUCAUCAGUCUGCACGGUCUGGUUCGGGGAGAUAACAUGGAGCUUGGUCGUGAUUCUGACACUGGUGGACAGGUUAAGUAUGUUGUAGAGCUUUCUCGUGCUCUAGCGCAAAUGCCAGGGGUAUAUAGAGUGGACCUUUUUACUAGGCAGAUCUUGUCAACAGAAGUCGAUUGGAGCUACGGUGAGCCAACAGAGAUGCUAACUACCGGAAUCGAUGACGGUGAUGGUGAUGUUGGAGAAAGCAGUGGAGCUUAUAUUAUUAGAAUUCCAUUUGGUCCACGGGACAAGUAUCUGCGGAAAGAAUUACUAUGGCCCCAUAUUCAAGAGUUUGUAGAUGGAGCUUUAGCUCAUGUUCUUAAUAUGUCCAAAGCUUUAGGUGAACAAAUUGGUGGUGGUCAACCAGUGUGGCCAUAUGUCAUCCAUGGACAUUAUGCGGAUGCUGGGGAUAGCGCUGCUCUUCUCUCAGGUGCCUUGAAUGUUCCAAUGGUGCUAACUGGACACUCGCUUGGAAGAAACAAGCUCGAACAACUUCUUAAGCAGGGACGCCAAUCAAAAGAAGAUAUUAAUUCGAAUUAUAAGAUAAUGAGGAGGAUUGAAGCAGAGGAGCUUUCUCUUGACGCUGCAGAACUUGUGAUAACAAGCACCAGACAGGAGAUAGAUGAGCAAUGGGGACUUUAUGAUGGAUUUGAUGUCAAACUUGAGAAAGUGUUGCGGGCUCGUGCUCGGCGUGGAGUAAUUUCCCAUGGUCGAUACAUGCCGAGGAUGGUGGUCAUUCCUCCUGGUAUGGAUUUCAGCAAUGUUGUGGUUCCUGAAGAUGCACCUGAUGUUGAUGGCGAAUUGACACAACUUACAAGCGAUGGGUCCUCUCCGAAAGCGAUUCCAAUGAUAUGGUCUGAUGUGAUGCGGUUUCUAACAAAUCCCCAUAAACCUAUGAUACUGGCUUUGUCGAGGCCGGACCCAAAGAAGAAUAUAACCACUCUCUUGAAAGCCUUCGGAGAGUGUCGUCCAUUGAGAGAACUAGCUAAUCUAACACUGAUCAUGGGAAAUAGGGACGAUAUUGAUGAGAUGUCAGCUGGUAAUGCUAGCGUUCUCACAACAGUUAUAAAAUUUAUCGACAAAUAUGAUCUCUAUGGUCAAGUGGCAUACCCAAAGCAUCAUAAACAAUCUGAUGUUCCAGACAUAUAUCGGCUUGCAGCAAAAACAAAGGGUGUUUUCAUUAAUCCAGCAUUGGUCGAACCAUUCGGACUUACCUUGAUUGAGGCAGCCGCACACGGACUCCCAAUGGUGGCAACUAAAAAUGGCGGACCAGUUGACAUUCAUCGAGCUCUAAACAAUGGGCUGCUUGUUGACCCUCAUGAUCAGCAAGCAAUUGCUGAUGCUCUGCUGACAUUGCUAUCAGAGAAAAACUUGUGGAAUGACUGUAGGAAAAAUGGUUUGAAGAACAUACACCUGUUUUCCUGGCCAGCCCAUUGUCGCACGUACUUGACUCGAGUGGCAGCCUGCCGCAUGAGGCACCCACAGUGGCAAACCGACACCCCAGGGGACGAAAUAUCCACCGAGGAAUCCUUCAAUGAUUCACUGAAGGACGUCCAAGAUAUGUCGCUCAGACUUUCGGUUGAUGGAGAAAAAACAUCACUGAAUGCGUCGGUCGCUGAUGACCCUGAUUUGCAGGACCAAGUCAAACGAGUUUUGAGCAAGAUAAAGAGGUCAGGGAAUGAGUCAACAGAGACUGAAAAAGGGAAUAAAAUGCUGGAGAAUGCACCUGGAAAGUAUCCGAUUUUGAGACGACGACGCAGAUUGAUCGUUAUAGCACUUGAUUGCUACGACAGUAAUGGGGCCCCAGAAAAGAAGAUGAUCAAGAUGUUGCAGGAGAUCAUUAAAGCCGGUCGUCUUGACACUCAAGUUGCACGAGUUUCAGGCUUUGCUCUAUCAACAGCAAUGCCAUUGGCAGAGACUUCAGAAUUCUUGAAAUCUGGAAAAAUACAACUGACUGAGUUCGAUGCCUUAAUUUGCAGUAGCGGAAGUGAGGUUUACUACCCGGGUUCUUACACCGAAGAAGAUGGAAAACUGUAUCCAGAUCCAGAUUACGCUUCACAUAUUGAUUAUCGUUGGGGAUGUGACGGUUUGAAGAAAACGAUUCUGAAGUUGUUGAGUGCAUCUGAAGAAGAUUCUGACAAAUUUCGUAGUCCGGUUCAGGAGGAUGGAAAAUCGAGUAACGCUCAUUGCAUCUCCUACUUAGUAAAGAAUCCCAGUAAGGCUAUGAAAGUCGAUGAUCUGAGACAGAAGCUUCGGAUGCGCGGACUUCGGUGCCAUCCAAUGUAUUGCAGAAGCUCAACUCGAAUGCAAAUUGUUCCUUUACUCGCAUCAAGAGCUCAAGCACUCAGGUACCUUUUCGUGCGAUGGAGAUUAAACCUUUCGAAUAUGUAUGUAUUCCUUGGUGAGGUUGGAGACACGGACUACGAAGAGAUGAUAUCGGGGACUCACAAGACGAUAAUCAUGAAAGGAGUGUCGAACAAGGGGUCGGAAGAGCUGUUGAGGACAUCAGGAAGCUAUGCGAGAGACGACAUCGUUCCAGGUGAGAGCCCAUUGGUGACAUUUGUGAAUGGGGAUGCAAAUGCUGAAGAGAUUGCAAGUGCUAUAAAGAAAGUUUCAUUAUCUGCAUCCAAAAUCUGAACUUUAUAAAGUCCAACCAAUGAAACCCAGUUUCAUGCUUAAUUCAGUUUUCUAUUAUUUAUUAA